GGUGUCGGACGCGUGUUGAAAAAGCCGAGAGCUGCCAAAGUUUGUAGCAGAUCCGAGGGACAGCUAGACUCGGGCCACAAUACUCCCGACCGAGCACGCGAAAGGCACGAGAGUCGUGCGUCGCUAGUUUUUUUGACAGUGACAGUGGAUUUGUUGUUCGAAAAGAUUUGCCAAAAAACAUGGAUACUGCGCAAAGUGCAUGCAACGCGACCGUCAUCCUGCAAGAAUGCGCGCUCCCGAGCGCGAGCCAAUCCAAGUCGAAGGUGCUGAAAAGACAGCGCUCGAGCUCACCGGAGCUUUUGCGCUGCAAGCGGAGACUCACGUUCAACGGGCUGGGCUACUCCAUCCCGCAGCAGCAGCCUGUCGCGGUGGCGCGACGCAACGAACGCGAGAGGAACCGCGUCAAACAGGUCAAUAUGGGAUUCCAGACGCUGCGCCAACACGUCCCGAACGGCGCGGCCAAUAAGAAGAUGAGUAAAGUGGAGACGCUCCGGUCGGCGGUGGAGUACAUCCGCGCGUUGCAGCAGCUGUUGGACGAGCACGACGCGAUUUCAGCCGCGUUCCAGCGCGGCGUUCCGUCACCGACGCUCUCCAACGCGUACUCGGCCGAUCCCGAGUCGCCACACUCCUCCUAUUCAUCCGAUGAAGGGAGUUACGAGCACCUGAGCUCUGAAGACCAAGAGCUGCUGGACUUCACAACUUGGUUUGAUCGCUACUGAUGAGAUUUUACAAUCCUCACCUGAACAUUCCAGAUUCACGUGACUGCUGGAAAACCCAGUUUAUGCGUUUUGGAACGUGGCUGCUGGUUUAUUUCUGGCGUGGUGAUUUGUUGCUGGUCCAAGAUGAUCUUAGACCUGCUAGAAUCCAGCAACUGUGUUCCCAAAUAAACCUGGACUCUUGUAAACUUCACAGAUGCUGCUUUGUCAACUCUAUGGUCAGCAGUCUGGGACGCUGUGGCUUAAUGGUUAAGCUGGAAAAGGUUGUAGGUUCAAACCCCAGUGGGGUCGAUGAGCUUCUACAAUUGUGAAACAAGUCACAACUGCUGGAUUGAACACAUUUCAUAAGUGCAAUUGUGGGCAUGAUAUGUUUCAACUUCCCUAAGAAUGUCGUGUUAAAGGGAAUAUUGAUUAUUACCUACAACCAACUACCAGGUCUGCUUAAGGACCAACGUUGAAAUUUGUACAAUAACUUUUUGUAUUGUUAAAGAUGAAGAUAUAUUUUUGUAAGUGGAGCGCAACAGCCUCUUUGUGAUAAUGAACGCUGUUAGUUUGUUGUAAUAAUAAUAACCGUUCCGUUUAGAUCAAAGUUGUUUUUAACACUGGAGAAGAGUUGAUCUGUCGAUCUGUAUUUAUCAAAAUUUUAUCGUCUAUAGAUGUAGUUCUUCCUGUGAUACAUGGCGGACUUUUUCAAUGCACUUGUCCAUUUUUAGUAGUGUACAUAAAUGAUUUUAACAAAUAUAUUUUGUGGAAAUGUUUUUAUAAAUAAAUCUGCUCUAUUUAUACGUACAUCGGUGUUUCUGGUUGAUUUUCAAACCCCAACUCUAGAUGCUCCACUCUUAAAAAUAAAGGUUCUUUAAUGGCAUCGAUGGUUCCAUGAGGAACCUUCAACAUGCAUAGAACCUUUUCAAAGCACAAAAGGUUCUUUGAAGUGGGAAAAUGUUUUUCACACCAAGAAAACGGUUCACUGGAUGGUUCUUUUAGGAACCCAAAAUGGUUAUUCCAUGGCUUUGCCUCUUUAUUUUUAAGAUUGAGAUGAUAAAACAUCCCUGUGGAUGUGGAAGAAUCACAGAACGCCCCUUUUGUCUCUUUACAAAGACCUCCAAAUGACACUCUACAGAGAUGGGCUAUUUCCACCCUUUCUAGGGAUCAUUUUGCAAUGACAAAGUUGGGUCAGAUUGGGCGAUUGGUCUGUUUUUAUUCUCAGUGUAUAACCCCAGCUGAGUUUUUCAGCCCUUUUGAAGAAGCCAUUUUGCCAUUGUGCCUCCCCACAGGUGCCUUUAUGCAUUUGUCUAUGUGUAAUGACACUCCUUAUUGUUAAUAAUUGAAAUAAUGAUGUGAAUUUCACCAGCAGGCUUUUACAUUUCAAACAAGGCCAGUAAAAACUCAGAGACCCCAUUUAAUGAUCUCUCAGUAGGCGGCCCAUCUAGAGUUUUAAUGGAUGCAGCUCAUGCAUAAAAACUUAGAUUAGUUUUAGUGGAUGUAAAAGGCAAGAUAAAGAUCCAUUAAGGUCGUCUAAAAACAGGCACAUACUGAUGCCCCCUAUCCCAUGCAAGGGGGGCACUGAUGCCCCCUCGGCCCCCAUAAAGAGUUUUCUAAGCAGGUGUGAGCCACGUGCCUGUGUUUGGUGGGACACAUCUGCUCCACCCCAUUGGCUAGCUGACGAACCCUCUCGGUUGGAGUUUUAAAAAAAUAAGGGAGUGAUUUAUGACAGCAAUUAUUCAUCUCUUUAUGGAUUCUUCUAUAUCUUUUAACGCACCAAAAGAAAAAUAUACUCAGCAUUAAUCACCUACUGGUGGGGUAUUGUUUAAUUCUGAAAUAUAGUUCACCUUCGCUGACCUUCAUGGGGUCUGAAAUGACACGUCACUGUGUUUAACGCCGGGCUGACUUCAGUUUCUAAGAGAAGGAACACUUGAAGUGUGAUUUAUGUCAUGUUAGUGAACCGUGACUGCUGGAUAGUCAAGUGCACCCCCAGGAAAUUAGAAAACCUACGUGAUUUUUCAAAAGAAAAUGAUUUCAUCCAGAUUAAGUAUGAAUAACCUGGAAAAAUACAUUUCUCACAAAUAUAAUUUGCAUAAUUAGAUCUAAUUAACCAAUGAUUUGAAUGUAUGCACAGCUAUUUACCUGUUAUUGACCUCCAGCAAAGAAAUAAGACCACAAAUAAGCAUGCAAUAUAAUAUAAUACACUAAAAAAUAAUUCAAC